UCGCUCUAUGUUUUUGACUGUGUGUGUGUCUAAUCUAUCCUGUCUUUUCUCACACUAACUCUACUUUUCCCAAGAGGUCAACAACACCAAGAGCAGCUUCAACAGUGUCUGCGUCUGCGUCUGUGUCUCCGUGUGCGUUCGCGGAGCAAAGUGUUUGAGACGUCCAUUUUAGAUUGUGCCGAUUCCUUUCGUGCUCGAGUCCUCUUGUGGGUCAAGCGAGAAACCGCGGUGCGUCACUGUUGCUAGAAUUUUGAAGCUCCGUCUCUUUCUUGGAAGCAAGCUCUCGGUCUCUUCCCCCCACCCACCCCACCCCCACCCAGAUUUUUUUUCUUCUUUCUGUCUCACCAGAAUCUUUCGCCCUGGAAGAAGGACCAGCAAAGGUGGGUCUGCGGUCAAUUUGGCCCGUUUUCUUGAAUUUGGGUUUUGGUUUUGGGUUUGCCUCAGAUCCAGAAUCUGAAGAUCGAUUUGAGUUUUGGUUGAAGAAAGAGAGAGGGGGAGGGACAUGGAUUUUAGAGAGGGUUUUUUGGAGUUGGAAGAAGCUCAGAUUGUCAGAGGUAAGCAAAACCCUUUCUCUUACUCGUCCUCAUCGUCUUCGCCCUCUUCUUCCACUUCUCAUCACCAGCACACAAGAGGCCUCUUUCCCGUUGGCAACGUCAAUAAUGGCCAGUCGGACGCCCAGAUGGGAUCUUGGUUAGCCCACAGAUUCGACCGCGAUGCUGACGGCCGCUCGAAGCCCGAGCUCAUGGACGUGUCGCCGCCUCUAGACGACGAGGAUUCGCGUCCGCGCGAGAGCUCGGCCGCGGCUCCCUCCUCCGCUACUCCUAAGCCGCCGGUUGAGAGGGAACACAUGUUCGAUAAGGUCGUCACGCCGAGCGACGUUGGCAAGCUCAAUCGCCUCGUCAUCCCCAAGCAGCACGCUGAGAGGUACUUCCCGCUCGAUUCCUCGACUAACGAGAAGGGCUUGCUCCUGAACUUUGAGGACCGCAACGGGAAGCCGUGGCGUUUCCGGUACUCCUACUGGAACAGCAGCCAGAGCUAUGUGAUGACCAAAGGGUGGAGCCGUUUCGUGAAGGAGAAGAAGCUGGACGCUGGGGACAUCGUCUCGUUCGAGCGCGGCGUCGGGGAGUUCAGCAAGGAUCGUCUCUUCAUCGAUUGGAGGCGGCGGCCUGACGCCCCAGACCCGCCCCCGAUGGCCGCCUUCCAACUCCCAGGCCAGUUCUCAUUCCAUCAUCGGGGCUCAGCGACAGCGGUCCCAUGGGGCCCUUUGCUGUUGCGGCCAGGGGCAGCUGCAGGUGCAAUGCACAUGUCCGGGAGGGACCACUUCCAAGCGUCGCACCUGGGUCCAUACCGGAACAGUUACGGAGGCGGCAGUGGUUAUGGUUAUGGUUAUGGUUAUGGGAAUGUGGUGAGCUUGAGCGCUUGUCCAAAUGCGCCGCCGGUGUAUUACCAACUCAGAUCGAGCAACGGUGCAGGCACAGCCCCAAGGCAAGUGUCCGCUGGGAUGGUGCAGGUUCAUCAAGGCGGGGGAGGCGGUGCCGGCCGGGGGAACGAGCAAGUGGUAUUCGAUUCGGUGCCCGUGGUCCAAGGGAAAGUUGCAGCCAAGAGGCUGAGGCUGUUUGGAGUGAACAUGGAUUGUCCGAUCUCGGAGUCCGACGACGAGUGCGACAUACUGUCCUCAACUUCUAUAUCACAUGCUUCAAUCUCAUCGCAAACCCACCAAAUGUCCUCCUCUUCUUCACAGCAGCCUCCUCUCCAACUGAGGCUAUACAACAGUACGCCGCUGCCGACCGUCCAGGCCGAGUUCUUGAACAAGGGAAAGGCUUCGGUCUCGUCAACCUUGGACUUGGAUAUCUGAAAGAAGACGACCCAGAAGGAGUCGGCACCACAUCGAUCGGUUUCGGUUCACCUUGUCAGUUCAUACGAUGAAACCAGGACCACAAUUUCGCCGAAACGUCUUAGCUCGUUAUCCAACUGCAGUUCUUGCAUUUGUGGAAUGAUUGGGGGGCUUAGGCAUGGAAGGGCAAGAAUCAAGAAUUGCCCGGCAAUGUGUCUUGGUUAGGUUUCGAUGUGCUGAGGGAAUCUGGGGUUCUCCAUGAAGAAACUGUGGAGAGACAUCAUCAAAUGAGACAGAGAGGAGGAGAUCAAGAACCGUGCAGCCACCAUUUUCAAGAAUUACAUACAGAAAAGUUUCUUUCUUUUAUGGAAAGAAGAACAUUUUGCUUUGUGUAUAAAGUACAUAUGUGAUUAAUUCAUGAUCAGCUCAUUAUAGACAAGAGUCUAAUAUUGGAGAGACAUUUGAUAGAUCCCAUCAAUCAAUCACAUCCCCAAGAUUUUCACGUCCGCUCUUGCUUUUUCCCUUCCUUCUUUCCCCCGCUCUUCUAUUAGGAAAGACCUGGUUUCUUCUGCAAUGUGUAUUCCAUCCUCCCAUGGUUUCCACUGAACCAGCUCUUUAUGAUCAAUCUUUAUUCUCUCUCCCACACAUUUCACCUUUCUCCUUCUCUGCACUGUUCUCAAGUGAAUAAUAACAACUUUUCCUGAUUCCUCGGUUCAAGGGUCGCAGCGCCUAGCUUCCCUGAACGCCAUUUAAGUCUUGUUCCUUUCUCUCUCUCUCUCUCUCUAGAUUUCGUUUCUUUCUCCUUUCUUUAUCUUUGGUUGGUUUUUUUUUCCUUUUUUUCUUUUUCUUUUCUGGGUUUUUGGACUUCUGGGGUGCCUCUGUGCGCGCGCGCGCGCGCUAACUACUGUGUAGGUUGUUGAUCUUGUCGCUGCUUCGUUGGGCACGCCUGCAGGUAGUUCAGAGAAAGUGUUGCAGAGAGCUUUGAAAGGAUAACCAAUCACGACCUAAACGAGUUAUAUUCUUCGUUCAUCUUUCUUGCGCGAGCAAAGAACGCUACAUUUUUUUUGCUCAAGUUAUGAUACGAAUGUGUGAAAACUGCAUGGAGGGUAUGCUCUAAGCAUUUCCUAGGAACAUAUACGGAGCAGCCAUUUCUGCAGACAUAUUUGAAGUCACCCAGUUAUUUAAGAGAGCGCAGAGGUUUUAACUAUGUAUUAAUGGCCUUGGUGAGAGGUCAAACUCUCGAGUUUGAUAAGACAGAGUCCUUACUCAAAUCAUAGUCAUAGUAAAGAAGUCAUGCAUGCUCCUAUGGCGUUGAAUUGAUGCUUCACAUAGCCUUUAUUACUUGGGGAAAAGGGGAAGAAGGAUAACUCAGACUAUACCUCCAUUGAUAAGUUGAUCAAAUUAUCAAUUAGAGUUGGAGUUACUUCGAAGUUAAUUCAAGAUCUGCAGAAAGGUCAAUUCGUAUGC